CGGGCAUCCCGCGUGAGCCCCGCGGAGCCGCGCGCAGACCCGGCGGCCGUCGGAGGCGCGGCUGGCCGCCCGAGCCCACACCUGUCCCGCCGCAGGCGGCGACACCAGAGGCAGCGAGGGCGGGGAGAGCCGGCGGAGGCGAGGCCCGCGCUCCGGAGGAAGCGCCGCCCGGCCCCAGGCCUCGGACCCAGCGCCCCACGCUCCGCGGCACCAUGGCCCCGAAGCUGCUGCUGCUCCUCUGCCUGUUCUCGGGCUUGCACGCGCGGUCCAGAAAAGUGGAAGAGGAUGAAUAUGAAGAUUCGUCGUCAAAUCAAAAGUGGGUCUUGGCUCCCAAGUCCCAAGACACAGACGUGACUCUUAUUCUCAACAAGUUGCUAAGAGAAUAUGAUAAAAAGCUGAGGCCGGAUAUUGGAAUAAAACCGACUGUAAUCGAUGUUGACAUCUAUGUUAACAGUAUCGGUCCUGUGUCUUCAAUAAACAUGGAAUACCAAAUUGACAUCUUUUUUGCUCAGACCUGGACGGACAGUCGCCUUCGGUUCAACAGCACAAUGAAAAUACUUACUCUGAACAGCAACAUGGUGGGGUUGAUAUGGAUUCCAGAUACGAUCUUCCGCAAUUCCAAAACGGCAGAGGCUCACUGGAUCACCACCCCCAACCAGCUCCUCAGAAUUUGGAAUGAUGGGAAAAUCCUUUACACUUUAAGGCUCACCAUAAAUGCCGAGUGCCAGCUGCAGCUGCACAACUUCCCCAUGGAUGAGCACUCCUGCCCGCUGAUAUUCUCCAGCUAUGGCUACCCCAAAGAAGAAAUGAUUUAUAGAUGGAGAAAAAAUUCGGUUGAGGCAGCUGAUCAGAAAUCCUGGCGGCUUUAUCAGUUUGACUUCAUGGGCCUCAGAAACACCACAGAAAUUGUGAAAACAUCUGCAGGUGACUAUGUUGUCAUGACUAUAUAUUUUGAACUGAGUAGAAGAAUGGGAUACUUCACUAUUCAAACAUACAUUCCCUGUAUACUAACUGUGGUUUUAUCCUGGGUGUCAUUUUGGAUCAAAAAAGAUGCUACGCCAGCAAGAACAGCACUAGGUAUCACCACUGUGCUGACCAUGACCACGCUCAGCACCAUAGCCAGGAAGUCCUUGCCCCGCGUUUCCUACGUGACCGCUAUGGACCUCUUCGUGACCGUGUGCUUCUUAUUUGUCUUUGCUGCCCUGAUGGAGUAUGCUACCCUCAACUACUAUUCAAGCUGUAGAAAACCAACUACCACUAAGAAAAAAACAUCGUUGUUACAUCCAGAUUCCUCAAGAUGGAUUCAUGAACGAAUAAGCCUACAAGCCCCUUCCAACUAUUCUCUCCUGGACAUGAGGCCACCACCACCCUCGAUGGUCACUCUAAACAAUUCUGUGUACUGGCAGGAAUUUGAAGAUACUUGUGUCUAUGAGUGUCUCGACGGCAAAGACUGCCAGAGCUUCUUCUGCUGCUAUGAAGAAUGCAAAUCAGGAUCUUGGAGAAAAGGGCGUAUUCACAUAGACAUCUUGGAGCUGGACUCAUAUUCUCGGGUCUUUUUCCCUACAUCGUUCCUGCUCUUCAACUUGGUCUAUUGGGUGGGAUACCUGUAUCUCUAAAUGUUCCUCCUAGUGAUGAGUGAUGAGUGUUAGGUUCCCCUCUUUACCCUUCACCCUCCCCAAACCAGUAGUGACCAAUUGGAUUAGCAAGGAAAGACACCGCUCAGUUUAUCUGAAAUUAUAUGUUACCUUUGAGCACGGCGGGAGUAUAUGGCAAAUAUUUAUAGUAUGUAUUUCACACACACACACACACGCACGCACACACACACACACAAGUUAACUGGGCUUUAAAGUGGUAUUCUUGCUAAUCCCUAACUGAAUCUGUGGCUCAGUGAGGUUUACGAAUGGGUUUUUGGUUAUUGGAAGCAGCUGCCAAAUUUCCUGCAAAGAAAUCUGAAAAACACGAGCAGAUAUCUGAGAAGCUCUCGAGGCCCUGACCCCCUCUGCAUCUUUCCUUUUCAGCCCUCGGCAGCAUGGAUGCCCCCAGUUUCAGAGUCACUGCUGGCCGAGACAUACUCCUGCUGACCUCACUGCCCAGGCGGUCUUAGUUCAAGUGUGAAACUGCAGUGAGUUCCCACCCAGUUUCCUCUCUCUGUGGCCCUUUUUGCUCUGGCACCCCCUUCUUUAGUUGGCCUUCCUUUAACUAAUAACCUCAUCCCAGACUGGAGAAGGUGGGCAUGCAUCAUCCACAAGUUUUCAGCUGAGGGAAAAAAAAAUCUGAUUUCCAAAAUUCUCAUGUUGCUGGAGUCAAAGGUGUUUAUUAUCUCGGAGCAUCAGAAAGUCAUUCCUUUAUUCCAAAUUACUGAAAGUCGACAAUAUAAAAACUUUGGGUUCUUGGACUUGUUCGCUUUGAGUUCAGCAUUUUACCUUAAGAGUUGUGUUUUAUAAGACCAACGUGCCACUCCAGAGUAUAUGCUGUAAUGGGUUCAAUAAUUAUCUCCAUCUUGCAAAGAAAGGUGUAUAGUAUUCUCAAGCCUUUGUUUUGAAAAUGUUUUCCAGAGUGUGAGAGAAAUGUAGAUAGAGUUUUUAAAAUUUUUUCUUAGCAAAUAUUAACUUUUGAGUCAAAUCAACUUUAGAUGCAAAAACCAUGGGUAAUGGCUAUCAUCAAGGAUAUAUUUUGAUGAACAAAAAUUAUUUUAUACUUUGAAAUAUGGGUAUGUAGCAAAAUUCCAAAGAAAAAAAUCCCUUGAAAUUAUUACUCUUUUGAUAUUUUUAUAACACAAAACCAACUUGCUUCCUGAUGUCAGUUCUUUGUUAUAACUGGAUACUAGUAUGUACUUCACAAGACUUUUCAGAAGCUUUCCACCAUUGAUAGGAAAAGAAAAAGUCCUACCAGUAGGUUAACAGAUGCUUUGGAAUUGUUAAAAUAAUGGUACUAAAAUUUGGGUACCAGAAUCGCUGUGUUUCUCAUCUUUUCACCCAGCAAAUUGAAUUUGUUUUAUUUGAAACUAUAAAAUUUUAUUUUAAUUAUUAUUGUACCUACUACUAUUACUCAUAAAAAAAGAUAAAGCAUUAUGCAGAAAAAGUAUAGAAAAGUGCUAAUUUCAUACAAUUUACGGAAUACAGACCAGACCCAGAAGAGAUGGGAAUGAAAGAGACCAGAACAGCUGAAAAUAGAUUAGUCUGUUUAUUUUUAUGAACAUUAUUUUGUAGGAAGUGAAUGCAAAUGUAUUGACCUAUAUUACCCAGUUUUCAUGGAUUAAGUCUAUAUAAUGUGAGACAUUGAAUUUCUUCCUGUCAAGUUCCCCCUGACUUUUGAUUUGAUAGUUGCUACAUAGGCCACAAGCCAAUUGGCUUCUAUUUAGAAAAUCCAAUUUAAAAUAUAAGAUAAACAAUGCAUAUUUGUGGAGACACAGGUUGAAUCUCCUGGCCUGAAUGAAAUUUCUGCUCUGUUGGAGGAUUUCACCUACCAGCAGCCUUGUAUACCAACCUCCCUCUUACCGACAGGAAGAGGGUCUGAAGGUGCCCUGACCACCUUCGCCCAGAGCACUGAGCACCGAGGGAUGCAGCCUGAGGUUGUUCUUCUCCAAACACAACUCCCAACUUUAUCAUUUCUAACAAUGAAGAAUUUCAAUCCAUUAUUUCUUUUUUUUAAUUUUUCUUUUUACAGCCACACCUGCAGUAUACAGAAGUUCCCAGGCCAGGGAUCAAAUUGGAGCUACAGCUGUGACCUAUGCCACAGCCAUGGCAACAUGGAUCC